GAAGCCUCGUGCAGCGUGCGCGCCGUCCAGCAGAGCCUAUUGCUGACCUUUGCAGCAACUCUCGGCGGCUGUUGACGGUUGGGGGCCGUAGAGUUGGGGGUGGCGGAAAUACGAUCUCGCCACCGUGUCUUAAAAGCACCAUCACGUGAUGCUCUAGCGGCCGCCUUUGUGUGAGGCCUUUCAAGUUCCCUCUUAGGGCUUCAUCUCUCCCUCCACCCCUUCCUCCCUCCCUCCCUUUCUUUCAUUCGGUUUUCUUUUCCAACAGCACCUCGAAACAGCGAGUUGAUCUCGAGAUGGGAUACUUGGGGAACUAUUCGUGCAAGCCGGCGCUACUCCUUGUGGGGUUCUCCGCUACAGCACACAAAUCUAACCUCAAGAUUUUGCGCGCUGUCUGCCAUCGUCCUACCAACAUCUACUACCAUCUGCGAGCGUUUACAAUCGUCCUACCAACGUCCCCAACGCCUACUAGUGGCCAGCGUCUGCGAACGUCUGCGAGUGUCUGCUAUCGUCUGCCAGCGUCGCCAUCGCUGGUUCUAUCGCGGUACCAUUUUAUUAGACAGACUCAACUGCUAUCAACACAGCCCGCUCUUAACACAGCCCGCUCUCAACACAGAAUAGCUACCACUACAACAAUUACGGUUGAUUCAUCUCUUGAGGCAGGUCUGCAAUUUGACACUAUACACGACCUCAAGAAUUAUUUCUUGUCGAUUAAAGAUCAACUCCCAACCAGCGUUAAGCCGUUCCACUUCACUGCAAAGUCGCCUGUUUUCGAUAUUCAUACUUAUGUUAACGCAACUGGUGGUGGUACAUAUAUAGCAGUAUUCGAGUAUGAUGGGAAAAAAUUGAGGGUUGCUCUCAGUCUUUUCGGAAUACAGGGUUUAGGAUUUGGGGAUGGAAAGGACCGUAUAAAAGAAUGGAGUAGGUUUCUAAAAUCAACUAUCGAGGCCUGUAUCGAUUGUGUUGCAGGCAGCUAUGACCCUGAGAAGUUGGGAGAGAUUUUGAAGAAGGACGCCCUUGCUCUCAACGUCUACGCGGCCUAUUCCUGUACUAAACUUUGAGAUUCUACAAGGAGGGGCCACUUCCUCGGAGUUUCUACGGGCUUCUACGGGCUUCCAUGAGAAGCCCCCUCUAUUUGCUAAUUAUGUGGCAUGACCAAAACCACCAAAAAAAUCUCCAAACAUCUUUCUCGAUCGGAAUGCCAAACCUCCUUCCACUACUCCC